CCCGUGUCAAAGAAAGGACGUGAUAUUUCUGAGAUCAAACUCGUAUAAACUAAAUAUCUCAAUCCUAAUGAGAUGGAUUACCAUUGUGCAAAACUGUGUUUGAUUACUUUACUUCUGGCUCAGCCGUGCUGGUGUUUCUCAGCCGUUCCGAAGCAGCUCGCCCUGCCCAGAGUCAGCUGUUCUGUCCGAAGGAUAAGAGCUGUUUUUGGUCCGCUGGUCAAAAGCAACAUACAUGUUAAAGACAUGACAGGAGCCAGGAUCCUACUGCCUCAAACUGAGGAACACUGUGGAAUGAGACUGGUGAGAGAGAAAAACCAGAAUCUCAACCUCUACAGCACAUAUGACAGCUGCUAUGCCCAGAUUGAGGACAGCAAAGUGGUCAUCCCUUUGCUGGUACAGCUGAAAGGAGAGACUCGUUGGUUCAGGGUAAAUAUCAGCUGUCCUCUGAUAAAGAGACGCAGUGAGAGGACUCAAAUUAUCAUAACAUUGCUCCCUGGAACUUGUGACACAGAAGAAGAUCUACGAGUGGAUUGUGGCCACCAAAGCAUUUCUAGCGAUGCCUGCUUCAAACUGGGAUGCUGCUACGACGCUGACGAUUUAAACUGCUACUACAGACUCAAUGCCUGCUCUCUGGAUGGACAUUUUGUGUUCUCAGUAAAGGCCACAGACACAGAGCAGCCCUUUGAUCCCAGCAGCCUCGUAGUCAAAGAUCAGCCACGGUGUUCCCCUGUGGUCGCCACCCCAGACACGGCGAUUUUCAAGAUUGGACUCAUGGACUGUGGUGCAAAGAUGAAGGUGGAAGGAGACGUGACGAUCUAUGAGGUGGUAGUGACUGAAAAAAGUACAUCCAAAGAUUCUCCUUUUAGUCUCCGGGUCCAGUGUGAAUAUGAGGCAUCAGAUCUAGCGCGUGCGGCAGACUUGCGGUCCUUGUAUGCAGUGACCAACCCGCCGCCUGUGGUUGCACAGGGAACCAUGGGAUUGCGGAUGAGGAUAGCCAAAGAUGCAUCUUUCACAUCCUUCUUUCCUGAGGACCAACUUCCACUGACCUUGCCGCUGCGCCACCCUACAUAUGUGGAAAUUUCACUCGCCCAGCCGUCCCCAGACCACACACUUUCCCUGCAUGUACGGGAUUGCUUUGCCUACCCUUCGUCUAGACACUCUGUUUGGACGCUUCUCUCUGAUGGAUGUCCCAACCCUUUGGAUAACAUGAGAAGCUCUGUCCCUGUGGACAACCAGGGGAAGACCAUGUCCCACUCCCAAGUCAGGAGAUUUGAUGUCAAGACUUUUGCCUUUUUGGACCCUCAUACAGGCCAUCCAAGUGCGGAGGAGAUUUACUUCUCCUGUUGGGUGGAAAUCUGCCCAGGUGAUGUUGACUGUGCACAGCAAUGCGCCAUUGUUUCAUCAGAGGGGGAGAGACAGAGAAGAGAGGCAAUGACUGAGUCCGACCAGGUCCAGCUGGUCUCUUUAGGGCCUCUGGUGUUAGAACGGAACAGCACUGAACUAGAGGACAAUCCAUGUGUGAAACAAAAGACGAUGUUUCAGGUGACGGUGUAUGUUCUCGCGGGAGUUUGCGCUGCCCUGCUAUUGAUCCUGCUGUUCAUGGUUUGGUCAAGUAUCAGAAAGGGACAGAAGCCAGUAGUGAAGCAAGUUUGUGGAGUACAAGUUGACAGUGAACAAUCUCAAUAAAACAUACGAUAUGCAUUUAAACUUGGUUGUUUACUUUUGAUUUUGGUUGAUCAUAAACUUAAAAGCUGUGGUCAUU